AUGAUUAGACAGAAACGAUUAUCAAAGUCAAAAGCAAUUAAAACAAUUGGUAGUAUACAAGAUGGGUCAUUUGAAGCGAUCGAUAACACACCAUCACCUAUAUCUCCAUCUGCACAAAUGAAACAUCUUGUUAGACCAUCAAUUAGUAAUAGAAAGAAACAAUUACUUGUUCAACAAUAUAUAAAUGGUCAGAUAGCACAAACAGAAUUAAUUAUGACCAAAGGAAGAGGAAAUGGAGUGAGAGUAUGUCAUCAUGUGGAAGCAGGUGUAUUGGUUGCCGAAUACAAAGGUGAUCUAAUCAACAAAUCAGAGGCAUUAAAGAGAGAGAAACAGUAUGCCAAGAAUAGUACUACCGUUAGAAUGGACUGUUAUUUAUUUUAUUUUGAACACAAAGGCAAAAUCAUGUGUGUUGAUCCAACUAUACCAUCAGAAGAUUUGGGACAUGGAAGAUAUAUUAAUCAUCGAAUCGAUUGUAAUCUGGAUCCAAUUAAAAUUUCAAUCAAUGGUGACCCCAAAAUUGUUUUGGUGUCCAAUCGAUCGAUCCAAAAUGGAGAAGAAGUCUUUUUUGAUUAUGGUGAUCGUUCAGCUGCAUCUUUAACUUAUUUUCCAUGGUUAAUGGAUGGAUACCAACAACAACAACUUCAACUUCAACAACAACAACAAAAGAACAAGAAUAAUGGAAUACAAGAUGAAGAAGACGAAGAUAUAGAUGUUGGAGUAGACAAUAUUCAAUCGAGUCCAAGAGUAAAACAAACAUUUGGAUUUUCAAAAUACAUCAAUCGUUUCAAAUAUGCUGGUUAUUUGUUAAGCGAUAGUGAAUGUAGUAGUAGUGAAGAAAGUCAAGAAGAAGAAGAAGAAGGAACUAGUUUUUCCAAUACUAUCGAUUUUUAUAGCAACAACAACAACAACAACAACAAUCAUGUGACAAACACAAUAACUUCAUUUAAAGAGAUAGAUAUAGUUGGUAGUAUAUCAAUAUUAAUAAAUAAUAAUAACCAACAAGCAGCGAUCCUCCACCCACCAACACUUCCUCCAAUCGUUAUUUGUCCAGCACUUCUCGAUCUUCAAUUCUUACGCGGUUCCACUAAACGAUCAUGGUAUCAACGUAGUGUUUCAAUUAGUUCAUGGAACCCAGAUUUCUAA